UAUUCAGAUAUUUAUUAUUAUUACCUUAAGGAAAAUCAUUAUAUUUAUGUCUUUACCACCUGUUCCACCUCAUCCUAACAGUCCACAAAAGUUUAUGACAUAUGUUUUAUAUUCAGGACAAUCCACAAAACAAACAAAGGAUUCACAAUUUAAUAAGGAAAAAUGUACUACACUUCCAUCUCUUUGUCAAGAACAAAUUUCAGAUCCUUUAUUUAAUUUUAAUAAACAGAAUUUAACAAAACAGACGGAACAUCUUAAAAAAAAUAUUAAUACCACUGCAGAUACCACUCAAGAAAACAUAGAAAUUGGCUUAUCUGGCUAUUUUUCUGAACCGGAUUCACAAAAACUGCUCUCGCCUCAAAAACCUAACUCUAUUUUAACUCCAACUGAGUCAAUAUUUAACAUGCAAAAAUGCCAAAAAUAUACCUAUAAUGAAACUAACGGAAUGCUUGCCGAGGAACCUCCAUCUAAACUUGAAAAUGAAAUAAACGUAUCCUUUUAUCUAAAUGAUCAUGAUAUUUAUCAAUCAAGUUCUAUAGAAAAAAAUUCUAUUAUUGAGAAUAAACAAACAAAAAAGCAUAACGAAAAUGAUAAUCUCUUCUUUGCAGACUCUAUUUCUUUACAAAAAGGUGCACAUCUUUCUAAUUUUUUGAAUAAUGAUUCCACUGUGACUGGUACAAAUUCACCUGAAAUUAUUAAGGAUUUUGAUCUUCUCCAAAACAUAAAAUCAUCUUCAGGGAAUAUUAUUUCUAGGAAUAUAGGAGACAACUCCUGCUUUAGCAGCGAUAUAUCAAAUGUAUUUCAAAAAUCUAAAGAAGAAAAAGAGCACAAAAAAUCCCAAAACUUAAAAACCGCAACAAUAUGCGCUCAAAAUUCCAUAUCAAGUAAUACUGAUUUAGAUAAUGAAAAAAAUAUUUCAGACCACAUAUCUUAUGGACAAAGUUUUAACAGAAAUACUUGUAAAACUGAAAAGCCAGAAUUUAUACAAAAUACUAACUCAUCUAUUCAAAAUAUACAAUCAAAAGAAAUAAGUAACUCAUCUCAAAAUCCAGAAUAUACUUUUAAUAAACAACAAAAAACUUUAAAAAGUGAAAAUCUUCAGCAAUUAGCUAAUUCAGACACGAAUGAUAAGUCUAUUCAUUUAUCAAGACCUAUAAAAAAAGAAAUAACAUCUACAGUGCCUCAUUCAUUACAUACAUCAUUAUCUAAUAUUAAAAACUCAGCCAGUACACGAAUUCAAUUUUCUCAGGAUUUAGAAAAGAAACUAAAAUCUGGUCCCCCUAAAAUAACAGGUUUUACACAUUUUCAUUCUAGUAACAAUGAAAAAAAUGAGUCUAACUCUCCAACGCUUAGAAAUACUGAACCUUUAUCGCAACCAUCUAUAUUACACGAUUUACGAAAAACAAGACCCAAAGGACCCUCUAGGCACAAACCUACUAUUAUUACAACAGAACUUCCAGAAAGACUUGAAUUUUCUAACAUUAUUCAAUUAUUUGAUAUAAGAAAAAUAAAUUUGGAUUCAUAAUUCUAUUAGAUUUUAACAAGUUAAUCUGACUACCAAUAAUGGAAU